AUGAGUAUUUUGGAGGUGCAAUCUGGAGGAAUGGAGAAAAUUGGUUUUACCAAAAAGGAUAUUUACAAUUUUGAAUAUUAUGAGAGUAGCCUGAUGAAGAACCAUGAUGUUGAACUGGUGACUGAGUAUUUUUUAGCUGAACAGAAAAACAAUAGAUCAUUUUAUUUCAAGAUUGAGGGAGAUUCUAAUGACAGGCUUACUCGAUGUUUUUGGGCAGAUGCAACUUCUAGACGAGCAUAUGGGUUUUAUGGAGAUGUUGUCGUGCUCGAUACCACAUUCAACACGAAUCGAUAUGGCUUGCCAUUUGCACCAAUGUUGGGGGUUAAUAACCAUGGUCAGACAAUUGUUUUAGCUUGUGCAUUUUUAAGUAAGGAAACGACUGAGUCAUUUAUUUGGAUGUUUGAGGAGUUUAAAAAAGCCAUGCCAGGUGGUGAGCCAAAAAUGAUAAUUACAGAUCAAGAUGCAGCUAUGGCUAGAGCGAUUUUUGAAGUAUUCCCCACUACAUUUCAUCGACUUUGCAUAUGGCACAUCACAACCAAGUUCUCUGAUAAACUACCACGGACUGCUUAUGAGGAAUAUUGGAAAGAGUUUAAGGAAACCAUCUGGGAGAUUGACAAUAUAGAUGAAUUUGAAGAAAAGUGGCAUGCAAUCAUUACAAAAUCUGGUUUGACUGACCAUCCAUGGCUGAGUUCAGUUUUUGAUUUGCGAAAAUCAUGGGUUCCAGCCUAUGUAAAACAUAUUUUUGCCACUGGAAUGUCAAGCAGUCAAAGAGCAGAAGGCUCUCAUGCAUUUUUCAAGCAAUAUAUAUCAAGGAGAAAUUCAUUAAUGGAUUUCAUAACACGAUUUCAAAGGGCACUAUCCCAUCAACGUCAAAAAGAGUUACUUGCUGAUCACAUUGAUGCAUUUGAAAAGCCUCAAUGCGCUCUAUUGUUGACAAUGGAUAAACAAAUGGCUGAAAUAUACACAAAGGCAAUGUUCCAAAAGUUUGAACAGGAGCUAAUGCAAAGUUUACCGUGUUUUAUGGAACUGAAAAUGGAUGAUGCUUCCAAAGCUAUCUAUAAAGUGAGUGAAAGGAAAAGGGGAAAACAAGAGUGA